UUUUUAUUGAAUUUCAUAUGCUUUUGUUAUAGAAAAUAUAAUUGAAUGUUCCUAAAUCGUGAGACUCUUAUGGCGCAAAUCUCAUGGACGAAUUUAUAAGGAAAGUAUUCAAUUCUUGUGAUCGUGAUCAAGACGGAUAUUUAGAUAGGUUGGAUUUAGAAGAAGUUCAAAAUCAAAUUGGAUUAGAGGGAAAUAUUUCUCAGAUAUUUGAUCAGUUUGGUGCUACUGAAAGUGGAAAAAUAUCUUUUCAGCAAUUUUGUGAGAACAGUGCAGUUUUGUUUGGAGAUUUAAAUCAAUCUAGCUCUGACUCUUCUCCAGAAUAUUUUACUGAUUCUGAUACCCAAAUGCAGGAAAUUCAAGAAAAGUUGAUAUCUGGAAGUAAGAAGAAUUCUUUUCAAAAUCAUCAAACUCAAAUGGAGUUAGAUGAUACUUCAAAGUUUGAAAAUAGAGGAGUACCUCGGCAUUCAUCUUUUUUAAAAGAUAAUCAAACUCUAGAAUUAGAGUUAGAAGCAAGCAACCAACGAAUAAAAAAGAUUUCCGAACUAUGGGAUACCAAUCCUCAUAGAAAAAGUGGUGGGGGUAUUGAAGAUUAUUUGGAUCAAAAAACUUUACUUCAUCUUGAGAAAUUAAAAAUUAUAGAUCCACAGAAUUUAGAAAAAAUUGGAAAUGAAGCAAAUAAUAUUGAUGAGUUGGAACAAGGUGAUUUAGCAACUGGGCCAGAUUAUUUAGAAAUGUCUAAAAAACUUCAUUUAGCUGCUUUAACCCAGUAUAAAAAUGAAAUACAUCAAUUACGUCAAAAGUUUCACCAAGUUAGUAAAGAGCGUGACUCUCUUCUCAAAGAAAAAGCACAAUGGUUCAAUGAGCAGAAAAAAACCCAUCAUGAUUAUGAAGAGAAACUUCAGUCUCAGACUAUGCGAAUAACAGAAUUGCAGAGUGUUAUUGCAGAGUUAAAACGUAAGUUGCAAAGCAAAAAUGAUAAUAAAAUUAUUGAAGAAGAAGAAGAAGAAGAUGUUCAAAGUAAUUCUAGUUCGGAUAGAGAAGUUCAAGGUUCAAAUCCAUGUUCUGAAUGUUCUUGUGAAAAUUGUGAUCAUCAUUUGGAGGAGGAUGGCCCAAACCAAGUUAAUUACAUGGCAACUACUCAUGAGACAGCUGGUGAUAGUAUGCAAGAUGAGCUUUUGAGUAAUAAAUCUUUACUAAUUAAUGAUCUCACUAAAACCAAUAGAGAUAGUGAAGCUUCUACUAAUGAGCUUUCUCAGCAGUUGUCUCGAGUUCUUGGAGCAUUGGAAUCAACUAUUGAAGAUCACAAACACAAAAACGAAACUAAUACUCUAACAACAGUUGAUUCAAAAGUAAAUGAAUCUUCUGAGAUAGUUGAAUCCAAACGAUUUCAAGAACAGAUUGAUAUGUUAUUGAAACAAAUAGAGUCUUUGAAAAGAGACAAACGAUUGUUAGAAAAGCAAGUUCAUGACAUUAAUGUUCAAGGAUAUGUUUAUCAGAAAGGAAAUACAACUCAUGUAGAAGAUGAGUUUGCAAAACUGAGACAAGAAAACAAUUAUGUUCGAUCAAAAUUAAGAAAAGCAGAACAGGAGUUAGAAGAAUUUAAAUCAUUAAGUACAACAUUACGAGAGGAAAGGGAAAUGUUAAAGAAAAAGAAUCGUGCUUUGCAAGAGUCACUUGAUGGAAAAAUGAGAGAAUCUGCUCCAGAUCAUGGAUCAUAUGGCCAUUCUCGCUCUCAAUCAACUCACCUUGACUGGAACUAUUCUUCACAAUCUUUGCAGCGAUCAACAAGCUCUGCUGGGGAUAUAACUGGUAAGGGGCAAAAACGAUGUAACAGUUUUGACAACCGUCAGUCAAUUAUCAAAUCUCCAGCUGUUCAACGUAGAGGUUCGGAUAUUUCAAACAUCCAAUCUUCCAGACAGAGUACUAAUAUUCAAGGAUUAAGUGAGAAAGGUUACCAAUUAAGUCCAGAUAAUAGCCUUAGACGAGGUCAACACAUGAUGGACUCCAGUGACUUGGGUUCAUCAAUAGGAGAUGAGUCACAACGAAGUGACUCAAAGCAAAUUUUGAGCAGAAUAUUACGUGGAAGAGUCCCAGACACAUUGUUGCAUUCUUUACUUACAUACACACGAUUUGAUCAAAUACUCAAAGCUCUUGUUAAUCAUUUUCUUUCGGAAAUUGAUGAACGAACUAAAGAAGCAAACAUUGAAAUGGAGCGGUUAGAAAGCCGAUUGUUACAUAUGCAGUCUCAAAAUGAUCUUUUGCUUUUAAACCUUGAUGAAAGCAAACAAAACUCUGAGAGAUUAAGUUUACUAUGUGGUAAGUAUGAAUCAAAUAGUACAGCCUGGUCUCUUGCAUUGCAGAACACUGAACAGCUUUUAGAGACCUAUGAAGUCAUGCUUCAACUUCAAGACAGUGAGGCAGAUAUAUAUGCAGCAAACUGUCAAGUAGCAGGAGUUGGAAAUUUUGACACAAUUAAAUCACUCACAUCAACAAGAUCUUCUCAAUCAAAUGUUUCUAUUGAAUCAUCUGUUGCAUCUUCUCAGCAUCAUCUUGGUUAUGUUGAGGAUGAUGAUCUUCUUAAAAAUUCCCAUUUUAAGCGAAGGGGGGCUGAGAUGCAGGCGAAAUUAUUAUUACAUAAACUUGAUAAAAAGUAUGAAAAUAUGAUUACAGAGCCAAUAGACGAAGAAACAAAAAAUGAUGAGAUGAGCUAUCAAAGUAGAACCAGUACUGGUAGCUCUCAGAAUUCUAAUCACGCUGACACUUUAUCUAAAGGUGAAGAGCAUAGAUUGCGAGAAUAUAUUCAAAUGUUAAAGUCAGAACGUGAUACGUACAAAGGUACUGUAAUUGAGUUAGAGUCUGUCCAUGAUUACCGCGAUAGAAUACAGGGAAAUUCCACAGAACCUUAUUCAGAAAGAGUUCAUGAACUAAAUAUAGAUCUCGAAACUGCAGUGAUUUUGCAAGAAAUGCAGGCACUAAAAGAGGAACGUGCUGAAUUAAAGCACAGAAUAUAUUUACUUGAUAAAGAAAAACGAGCCCAGGAGCUUAAACUAAACUCGAGGGAAGCUCAAGAACAAGCAUAUAUUGUCCAUAUUGAACAUUUAAAAUUUGAAUUAAAAGAGCAAAUUAAAAAAAGAAAAUUACUGAUGAAAGAGAGAAGAAUAAAAGAACCGGAUGAGGCUGAUCUUUCUAUGUCCACUCAUAAUACUAAUUAUUCUAACGACGGAGGGUCCAGGUAUCCUUCUUCUGAAGAUCUUCCGCUUGAUGAAAAUUCAAGAAGCGAGAAACAUUUAAAAUCUAGAAUUAAUGAACUUGUAGAAACGCUAGAAAAACUUACUAAAAACUCUGAAAUAAGACAUAAACAAACAGCAGAGUAUAUUUCUGAUUUAAAACGCGCCAAUGGCGCUUUAGUGACGGCAUAUGAAAAAGCUAAAAAAAGACACGCUAGCAGAUUAAAGAAAUUCGAACAACAGUUAAUGCAGAUGGCUGAAAAAUACCAGCAACAAGUCCGUGCUUUAAAAGAACAAAUAGCAAUUUUAAAGGAUAUUCCGCCCAACACAUCCCUUCCGCAUACAGAAACCUCUUUAUAGAUAAAAUUUUUAGAAGCAUCGGAGUUUAUUUGAUAAUAUUAGAUAAUAAAGUAUAUAUUUGUUUUAAA